GUCUAAUCUGCCUAAAUAAGAGAAAAAGUACCAAAUGUGGCAACAUGGUGUCUCACCAAUCGAUUUAAAAGCGGGAAAUGGUCGUUUCCCUGACUUUCUGAUCAAAAAGCUUCUUGGAAAGUGGCUAAAUCUUUAUAAAGCCACUUGCCACAAACUAAUUAAGCAUUUAACAUCUUAUUCGGUCGUAUAACGGCAUUAACACGCUCUUUUGUAAUAAAGAAGUCGGAAAACAAGACGAACACGACUUCCUGAAAUGUCUUAAAAACGUGAAAAACCAAACAGUAUUUAAUCAUAUGGAAUGAAAUGAAGCCAAGGCGCAUUCAACGUCAGCUCAACGAACGCAGCAGGCCAGGAAAGGACAUCAACAUUGAUGACAAGAAACCAUUGAGUCAAGUCAGACCAAAGUUGCAUGUGUCUGGUCCUGCUCAUGUCAAGCCUUUUGCUGGGAAAGUCUUUUACCUCGAUUUACCAUCAAACAGAAUAUCAGAGACACUGGAGAGUGACAUCAAAGAAUUGGGAGGGACUAUUGAGAAGUUUUUCAGUAAGGAAAUUAAGUAUCUUGUGACCAGCAAGAGGGAAGCGAGGUAUGCACAGUGCCUCAGACAGGACUUCCCUGUCCCCAGCCCAGAGUCUGGAUGUAGUUCCCCUCACCCUCUCUCAAACUCACACCAGCCUGGGAGUCAUGGGGAUGUCAUCAAAAACAGUCAUCAGGCCCAAAGAGACACAAAGGUGUCAUGUCGAGGAAAGUCUUUGGUAGAGAGAGUGGUGAAAGGGCAGGAGACACUCCAAAUGAACAAGAUUCUAUCAGAAGCUUUGGACUGGGGUGUGAAAAUUCUGUACAUAAAUGAUGUAAGAGAAUAUGUUCGAAAAAAGAAAAAAGCCAUCACCACCCAAUGUAUGGUUACCAACACAGUCAAACCAAAUGUGAAAACUGAUUCAAGACUGAAGGGAGAUUUUUCAAAAUGCAAAGGGGGUCGGAUCAACAAACCUUUUGUAAAGGUCGAGGAUUCUAGCAGACAUUACCGUCCAGUGUACCUCAGUAUGCCGAACAUGCCUGAGUUCAACUUCAAGAGUUUUCCUCCCUGUUGUCCCUUCUAUGUGGAGGAAAAGGAUUUCCAUGGCAGCAGACAGCGGAGACACAGAGUCACAAGAGCUUCUGUCAGUGAGGAGAGAGCACAGGGACGAACAAAGAAGAACAGGGACAAAAAGAGAGGCGGCUACUGCGAGUGCUGCUUCCUCAAAUAUGACAAUCUCAUAACGCAUCUACAAGGGGAGCGUCACAGAUCUUUCUCCAGGAGUGACGAGUACUUGGUGGUGGACAGACUUGUGUCAAUGUUGCACUGCAACUUCAUCCCAGUCCAGACUAAACUUAACAGACCAAAGUGCAGCGUUUCAUCUGUUCGGAUUGGAGCAAGGCCCUGUGGGAAAAGAAAUCCAAGACAAAAGGGAGAUGUUGAUACUCCAGAGACCUUUAAAGAGGAGCAGCUUACCCAUCAAAGAGUUGAUGAGUUCGGUGAAUGUUAUUCAGGAUACCCUUUAAAAACCAGAUCGGCUACUGAUUCUCCUCUCAAGAAACAAGGAAUGGCUGACAGGAAGAAGGUUUACUUGUGGUCAGACCAGUCUAAGCCUCUUGCACUUAAACAACCUGACAGACAGGAGUCCUUGGCUUCUUGUACUCUCAAAGGUGAACUGGAUCUCACCUCAGUUCCAGCCAGUUCACCCAGUGUUGUGCCUGUGAGUGACAUAACUCACACAGAUAUGAACAAUUCUGCUUCACACUUUUGCAAAGUGGAUGUCAAAAAUCAAUCUAGCUCAAAAAGCCUUAACGUUACGUUGGAGCAACAGGACCUUUCUCAUGAGACCCGAGACGUUCCACUGAAUGAGGCAGUCGAGGAGGGAAGCAUUUUUCCUGAGAAAAUGACUGACAUUGACCUUUCAGAAAAAGAAAGAAGUCUUCCAGCACAAAGCUGCUGUUCAGUCCAGCAAGUAAAACGGAGAGUCAGAGUCUAUAAACGCAAAAGACGUAAAGUGGAUAGUGUGAUAUCACAAGAACAUUCUAAACCAAGUGACAUUUCUGAAGCCGCCAUAGAGAGACUGCAGCUUUUCCAGUCUAGUGAUGACACAGACUUUCGGGGGUUUGAGGACUAAAAAGUGUUCUGUAAGCAUGCAGAGUAAAAAAUGACUAUCUUAAAAUAUCUGUGCACCAGUCAGCGUCUGCACUUGUCAAAACAUAAAGCAAAUCGGUGACUAAAAGAAGGUGUUUGUCUUAUUGGCUCAUUUAUGAUGAUUUUACAUUUAAUAAGGGAAUUUGGAGACAGGAUUUACUUUAAUCAGAGAAAUACAUUUCUACAAUGUUGCCUUUGAGCCAUUCCUUAACAUAUUUUUUGUUAUUUAGUAAUAUACUGAACGGAAUCUAAAAUGUACUGCUGGGACACUCUGUGUACAUGACAUUUUCGACUUGGUGAAUGAAAAUAAAUAAUUUUUGUUUCAAGACACCAUGAACUUGAUUUAAGUGUCAUCAAAGAAAAUUUUACACUCUGCAUUGCACAACAAAAUAUUCCCAUCAAAGCGUUGAAAGGCCCUGGUGUGACUUAGAGGUGAAUAAUUUCUAUGGAUCAUCACGUCAAAGUUCUCAAAUGUGUCAGCGAAGUAUAAAAUGUCAUCUUAACUGCUGCUAGAAAUUUGAAAUAUAGUAUAUAAAUAAAUGUCUUAACUCAUA